GAUCGGUUUUACGGUCUCAUUCUGAUCGCAAACUGAACUUUGACGGAUCAUUCAGAGCGUUUGUUGUACUAGUUACACAAUGACAGUUUUUCUGAUUCGUUUCCAUUGGUUUGAAACGAGUUCCUUCCUUCCCGCAGUCUUUUGUUAGGACCCCUCCGUGGUCACGUGAUCCGCCGCCCCCCUGAGAACUCAGUGGAUUCAGAUAUGCCAUAUUUUUGUGUUUAGGGUCCAUGCGCGUGCAAUAUGAAACCUAUACUUUCCUCCUGUAGGUUGUAUCCGUCGCUGUGAUAUUCGUUACAUAUUUUCUACACUUUUACUUCGUCCACUGGGGGGGCACUGGUUUCACUUCUUCGAGAUGUGUACAAAACUGUAGAAAAGUAUUUUAUAUCUAUCCUAACAAGCAUUUAUUCUGAGCAUAUAACAAUGUUCUUAUGUGGAAAUAUUAAUUAUGUUAAUUCUGUCAUCAGUUCCAGUCUGAAAUGCAGAUUUCUGGUAUUUUCACCGUUAUCUUAUUAAUAUAGUCACACUUUGGUAGCCUAGAAUCUAGACUGAAGCUAAAUAAUUUAUUUUAAUAUUCACAUAUAUAGGAUGGCUUGCCAGGCUAACUCUAUGGCACAAAAAGGAGAAACUUCAGGGGAAAGCAAAACAACCACACAACAAGACAUUGUUUAAUUGUUAUUUUUAAAUGACAGUGUGAAUAUUCUUUUACAGAUAAACAUUUUACUGAAACCUUUUCCUGUAAAGAAUGUGUGUUUGUCUGAUUCUUGUCCUCGGCCUAGUUACCCCAAGUAUGUGCAUUCUGUUUCCUAACAGCCGUCUGACCUCUGACCCUUUGAGCCCAUCCCCCCUUUCCGCAUUGCUCUCCAUUGUUCACACCCUCCUCUCUUUCUCCUUGGCUUGUGCAGAAGACAGACACCAUAAGCAGAGUGUUUUAGGGAAAACUUGAAAGACAAAUGAUUCAAAGACCAUUUUCCAGACCAGGAGCCAUGAUGACACCAUUUCUUUGUUCAGUAGGAGUUUAGAGAUUGGAAACUUGAAGACAAACUAAGGUGCAGAAGCUGACUGGAGUGGACAUCCUUUCUCUUUAAGACCAUAUUCAGAUAUCCUGAUAUAUUUUUGUAAAAACGGGCUUGAUCAGCUAUUAGCAGUAAGAAAAAUGGAGCAAAAAGCAGAUGAGCUGAACCAAGACUCUAUCUCCUGUACCAUCUGUCUGGAUCUGCUGAAGGAUCCGGUGACCAUUCCCUGUGGACACAGCUACUGCAUGAGCUGUAUUAAAGCCCACUGGGAUGAAGUGGACCGAGAAAAACCUCACAGUUGCCCUCACUGUGGACACACCUUUGGACACAGGCCUGUCUUGAAGAAAAACAACAUGUUAGCAGCUUUAGUGGAGGAGCUGAAGAAGGCUGGACUGCGAAAAGUUGCAGGAGACCACAGCUAUGCUGGACCUGAAGAUGUGUCCUGUGAUGUCUGCUCUGGGAGGAAACUGAAAGCUGUCAAGUCCUGUCUGGUCUGUUUGGCCUCUUAUUGUGAGAAAGACCUCCAGCUUCAUUUUGAAUCCCCUGCCUUUGAAAAACACAAGCUGGUGGAGCCCUGCAUGGACCUCCGGGAGAACAUCUGCUCUUUUCAUGAUGAGGUGAUGAAAAUAUUCUGCCAUACCGAUGAAAAGUUCAUCUGUUAUCUCUGCUUAAUGGAUGAACAUAAAGGACAUGAAACAGUCUCAGUUACAGCAGAAAGAGCUGAGAAGCAGAAGGAGCUCCAGGUGAGGAGACAACAAAUCCAGCAGAGAAUCCAGGACAAAGAAGAAGAUGUGGCGCUUCUUCAGCAGGAGGUGGAGGGCAUCAAUGUCUCUGCUGAUAAAACAGUGGAGGACAAUGAGAAGAUCUUCCAUCAGCUGGUCCACCUCAUCCACAAAAGAAGCUCUGAUGUGAAGCAGCAGGUCAGAUCCCAGCAGGAAACUGAAGUGAGGCGAGUGAAGGAGCUUCAGGAGAAGCUGGAGCAGGAGAUCACUGAGCUGAAGAGGAAAGACGCCGAGCUGGAGCAGCUGUCACACACAGAGGAUCACAAGCAGUUUCUACACAACUACCCCUCAGUGUCAGCACUCAGUGGGUCUCCACACUCAUCCAGCAUCAACGUUCGUCCUCGGAGACACUUUGAGGACGUGACAGAAGCUGUGUCAGAGCUCAGAGACAAGCUGCAGGACGUGCUGAGGGACAGCUGGACAAACAUCUCACUGAGAGUUGCUGAAGUUGAUGUUUUACUGCCACAGCCAGAACCAAGGAGCAGAGCCGGAUUCCUCAAAUUUUCACAAGACAUCACUCUGGAUGAGAACACGGCGCAUGCCCAUCUCCUGUUGUCCGAGGACAAAACAAAAGCAACAUAUAUGAAGGAAGAGCAGUCCUAUCCUCAUCAUCCAGACAGAUUUACAGCCUGGCAUCAGGUCCUGAACAGAGAGCGUCUGACUGGACGCUGUUACUGGGAGGUGGAGUCAAAACGUGGGGGGGUUCGCGUGGCGGUCACAUACAAGAACAUCAAACGAGCCGGACGCCUAAAUGAGUGCUUGUUAGGCUGCAAUGACAGAUCUUGGGCGUUAUGUUGCGACAGGAACAGUUACACGUUUUGGCACAACAACGUUAAAACUCCAGUUUCAGGUUUUUGUACCUCCCGAGUAGGAGUGUACCUGGAUCACAGAGCAGGUGUUCUCUCUUUCUACAGCGUGUCUGAAACCAUGACCCCCCUCCACAGAAUCCAGACCACGUUCACUCAGCCGCUCUACGCCGGGCUUCUGUUUUACUCUGAUGGAGACACAGCUGAGUUCGUUCACCUGAAGUAGAGAGGUUAUUCUCAGGGUUGUUGGUGAGAAUCUGUAUUUCAGUUUCCGCUACUAUUGCUAGUAGUUUUGUUGUACUCUUUAUUAGAGGGUACUUCCUCAGGAAUUAACUGUAACUGACAAAUAGCCGCAAUGGGAUUGCUUACUUUUCAGGGUAUAUUUACUUUGUCAAACAUACAUACUAAUCUAGUAGGGGUGUGCCGAUCCACCGUUUAAUCGAUACAUCGUUAUGACUAGGGAUGGGUACCUUUGACAUUUGAAUCGAUUCGGUACUAAUUCCCGGUACCUACGAAUCGAUACCGGUACUUAACGGUACCAAUUUUAGAUACUUUUGAGUGUUUAAUAUUUUAAUUCUCUUUUAUAAUUAAAUAUAUAUUUUUCUCAACAUAUAACAAUAUUUGAUAAAUAUCAUGAUAAAUAACAUACAACUGAUUGUAUUUUAACAUCGUCCUUGUAGUUUUAUAAGCUGAUAAUUAAACUGAAGCAAACAUCUUUACUGUGAACUAAAUUUACUGUGUAUCUUCAUUCCUUUUGCCGUCUUUUUUCAUUUGAUUUUUCCUACUGGGAAGUUAGAAUUUCCGAGGAGAAAGCGAACGCACCAUUAGCUGAUAACAUGGUGGCAAUGGAAGCUAAUUCAUCAAGCUAACGUUAUCUUAAACAGUUUAUUUAGCUGCUGGAGCAGAUUAAAACGACGAUGCCUCACACUUAGAUCAUUGUCGCUGGUUUCAUCUUCACCUGUCGCAUUUAGUAAAGUGAAGCCAAACUUUAGAGCGCGUUCAUGUUCUUCUAGUCGGAAAUUUGGAGCUCUGAGGAGAAAGCGAACGCACCAUUAGCGAAACGGAAGCAAACAUAUCAAGCUAACGUUAUCUUAAACAUUUUAUUUACCUACUGGAGCAGAUUAAGAUGAGGAUGUCUCACUUAGAUUGUUGUCGCUGGAUUCAUCAUCACCCAGUUACCCAUCACAUUUAGUGAAGUGGACCCAAGCGUUAGCAUGCGUUUUUUCUUUCUGCCAUGCUGCUCUGUUUACAACUGGCUCGCAGCGACCGACGACAUAACGCUCUUGCGCAUGCGCAGCUGUCUAGGCAAGUUCUCGUAAAGAAGGACGGGUACCGAAACGAGGCACCGUUUCAAAUGACGUGAAUCGGUGCUCAGUCGGUACUAUGGAAUUCGGUCGAUACCUUAAAAAGUACCGAAUUCUGUACCCAUCGCUAGUUAUGACACAUGCUGAUUCCAAAUAGAUUUGAAAAAUUUGAAAACUUACAUACAUGAAUUAGGGCUGGGCGAUAUGGCCUCAAAUCAAUAUCACGAUAUAUUGAGGAUUUCACCUCGUUAACGAUAAAUGGACGAUAGCUACAGGUAUGUGCAGAAACAAAAGUUGUCCACUAGAUGGGGCUGUCACAUGUAUUACCUUGAGUCAACUCAAGGUGGUACAGCUUCUUAAAGGGACAUGAACGCUGCCAACCUACACACAUAUUUUCAUUUUUUCAUUAUCAAUUUUAUUGACAUGGGGAAAACUAUCUCAGUAAGAGUCAGAAAUUUCGAUAACGAUACAUUUUUUAUUUAUUGCCCAGCCCUAAAGCGAAGAUAAAGAAAUGCUCAAAAAGUAGCCGCAAAGCGUGGUGGGAACAUAAAAGUUAGGGGACGGACCACCAGACAAAACAAACAGCAAUGGUGAAAGCUUGUUUACUAGUUUUAAUAUUUAGUUUUUGAAGAUUUACUCAUCAAGAAGAUUAAAGGAAAGUUAAAACACAGCAGCACCUUACACAUUUCUUUUCCAGGUUAGUUGAAGAGACGAAGCCAGUGGUUCCUCCCAACUGUCGAGGAAGAUUAACAAAACUUGCCACAACUCCAGCCUGUUACAUAAAACUACGGCGCUGCAAAGCUGAGACGGCACCAGAGAGCCUUUGGUUGUUUUUCUGGUCAGUCUGUGGCAGUAAUGUAGCACAAUCGUGUGUUUUUCACUAAAUAUUAUGCAAUGGUGGUAUAAGUAAGUCAAUUUUAUUUAUAUAGCACUCGUCACAGACAGAAUCACAAAGUGUCAUGUUGUGGCUAAGUCUCCUGACCCAGGACAUACAGAAUCAAUCGGGGGAGGGAUGAAAAAAUGAGAAAACUAUAUUUAUUCUUAGAAAGGAGAACCAAGGGAGCUCCGUCGAAGUGAGGCGAGGGUCCGUACAGGCUCGUGACGUGGCGGUCGAUUAAGAGGAGGGAAGACUGGAGCUGGAGAGGGAGGUGGUCAGGUCUGAGGAGGGUUUGGGCUCGAGAAAGGUUCUCUGGAGAGUGGGCGAGUACAGGGUGAGUGGUGGAGAGCGGGUCGGUCUGGCUGGGCAGAGAGGACGUGGUCCAGAGAUGAGGUUCGUCUGGCUAUGGCUGGAGAGCUGGUUGUGGAAAGGAUACCCAAACUGAGUAAUCAUCCGGCAAGGUGGAGUUGUUUCCCUGCUCCUUAUAAGCACAGACCGGUGAUGGAGAAUCUGCUGCAGCUGCCCGCUCCUCGGCACCACCCACCUUCAGUUGAACACUCACGUUAUGGUAGAACCCGUCAACUCACUUAAGUGUUUCACAGAUCAAAACAAAACAAAUCAUAAAGGCAUCAAAACUGUUAAUCAUUUCAUGAUCAAACUGAAGGACCCUGAAUAGAAAUUGAAUCCAACCAUGGCACACCCCUAUAAUCUUGCUGUAAUUACACCAAUUAUACCAAUGUGUGUUAAAAACUAAAACCACUAAUAAACUAUUAAAUCAAUAUAAAUUCUAGAUCUUUGACAAUAGUGUUUUUUUAAGGGAGUCAGCAUUUUGCAGAGAGGAGCAAGUAUAACUUUACUUUUAGUAUUUUAGACCAACAGCAAGGAUUUAUGUUGAGGUCCUUACGUUUUUACUGGCUUAGUAAGUAAAUAGAAGUUAAUUAAUAUACAUGUAGAAAAUGGGGAAACAAAACUUCAAUAACAGAACUUUUUUAUGAGGACCAAGGAACCCCAGAGGAAGAGAGUGCCUAUUUUCUUAAACUUGUCGGGUAAAACAUAAAAACUGUUGAGUAUGAAAAUACUCGAUUCAUUGAUGUGUGUGUGUGUGUGCGUGCAUGUGCACGCUAAUAGCUUGAUGGGUUACAGGAAAGGGUAAUAUUUUUAAUAUUAUAUGCCUGUUUCUUGAAUUAAACAAACUUAAGCCAUUUAGUCGUAGAGAUAAUGUUUAGAAAGUUUAGUUUGUUUAUAACAGAAUUUGUUAAACUGAAUAUAAAUAAUCGUUGAAAUAUGAAGGGUUGUCUACAUUUAUUUUUUAAGAAAAGUUUGUAUUUUUCAUAAACACUUUUUCUAAAGAGGUUUUUGACAGUUCGGUCUGUCCCCAGUCUAAUUUCCUAAUUACUUAAGUAAGAUGCUUUCAGUGAUCCAUCCAUAACCACUCCUUAAAUAAAAAUACGUAACAGUGAUUUCAAUAAAUUCUUAGAGGACAUUUGUAUUUGGUGGCACAAUUGAGAACUUAAAAAAUUAUCAAUCUUUUACUAACUCAUAUUUUAUAUGUACACUCAGUGACUAAUAAAAGGUGUAACGUAUGAAAUCCUGUAUUCCUGUUUUUAUAUGUAUAUAGUAACACACUCCAAAAUGAUGUUUCACAGUGCAGAUAAAAGCAACAAACUUACGUUUGAAUUUGUUCAGCCAAGAAAUAAACAGUUCUAUGUCCUGGUCA